AUGUAUGCCAAUAGUCCAGCAUCAGACGGCGCCUGGAGACAAGGAGGACAUCCCGGAAGUGGAUCAGGGAAAGCGGCCAGGGGCGACCGAUGGGAGCCUGAGGACGCGGACGACGGAGCGAGGGCAGCCGCUAGCCACGGCGAGCGCUGCAGAGGCACUGCACCUGCACUGGCAACGAUAAACAGCGUGAGGGCAGCCAGCAGCGGCCGCAGUGCAGACAGAAGCGGCGGCGUCAGACAGUGGAAGGCAGACAUCAGCGGCGGCGGCGGCGGCGGCGGCGGCGGCGGCGGCGGCAGCGGCAGACAGUGGCGCAAGGGCAACGCUUCGCAGCCGAUUGCGCACAAAAGCAACGGCAGCGGUGAGGAUUCCAAAGAUGAGUUAAGAGGCUAG